AUGAGGAUACUGUGCGUGACGACAUUCGGGACUAAACUUGCAGUACCCUUUGAUCAUUGCAUUGCGGAUGACGAUGCCGUGGGGAAUGCUCUUCUUCCUCAAGAGGCAGAACGGUCUUCUGGUCACCGUUCCUGA